GUUCUCAUCGCCCUGGCCCCUGCUGGCGCUGCGCUGCAGGUCCAGGACGUCGGCGUGCAGCACAACCUCACUGUCUGCAACGCCUACGCGGAGAGCAAGCCCCUCAGCGUCUACACCGUCAACCAGAAGGCGAAGCUCACGGAGGAGCCCCUGCAGUACAAGGCCUGCAAGGAGAUCGUCCUCGAACUGGCGGACAACGAGCGCAUCGAUUUCAAGCUGGGAGGCCUGAGCGUCGGCACGUUCCACGUCGGCAACCUCCCCUUCGCCCCCACGUCGCUGCUGCUGGUCCCGUACCGCAAGGGCAACAGCACGAUGGCGGCGACCUUCUAUUCCCACGCGUUCUCGGUCGCGCAGGAGAACGCGCAGGUGGCGGUCGUGGACACCUUCGACGGCACCGCCACGGGCGUCCUGAAGAUCGCGCAGGGCAAGGGCCGCGCGAAGGAGUCCGCGCAGCUGAAGCCGGGCACGGCCGUGAGCCUCACCCCGGGGGCCUACCAGAUCAGCAUGGACGAUGCGAACAGCAAGACCAUGAAGACGGUCUCGCUCUCGGCCACCGAUGGCGGCAAGCACGUCGUCAUGCGCGUGGGCGGCAGCGAUGACGUGGUGGCGGCGAUGUAG